AUGUGGUGCACAUUGGACAACGUAUCUUCGUACGGCAAAAAGUCCCUCACUCGGCAAUCGAUUAGACCUCGAUUUAUUAUGAUUAGAUUGAAACAAGGCUAUAAGAGAAAUCGACCUCGUCAGGGCGAAUCACAACGUCUUCAGAUCCUCCAGUGGAGUGCUGGAGGGAUGUCACAGGACCAAAAGAUCCAAGUCCAGAAAAUCCUACAAACCUAUGAUGAGAAUAUUUUAACAAUUAUGGAAGCAAACCUUUCGGAUGACAAACUGAAGUACUACCAAUUCCCAGGUUACACCCUGUACUUCUACCUAAAUACCGGCAAGCUGCAAGUGGAAUUCUGA